AAACAGACGGAAGUUCCGCCCCGCACCGGCAGGGGGCGGCGGCGGCGGAAGCUCCUCCUCCCGGUCCGUCAGCCGACUGUCAUGGCGGCGCCCUGCGGCAGGUUCGUCUCACGGUGAAGCGUCAGAGAGGAGGAUGAGAGAACCAGACCGACUCGGACAGUCAUGAAUGUGAUGUCAUCAGUGAUGCGGGCAGUGGCGCGGCGGCUCGUCCACGCCGAGCCAGCGCUGCUCAGCAACAUCCUGUCUUCGCCCCUGCCGUGUCCUGCCCGGAGCCCCGCCCCCCUGCUCAGCUGUCAACAGAUCAGGAAGUUUGCCUCCAAAAAGGUGAAAGGUCAAAAGAAAGAGGAGAAGGUCAAACCCAAAUUGGACAAACAGGAAGUGGAGGUCACACAGAGGAUGACGGUGGCGGCGCUCGCUCAGGCCAUGAAUAGAGACUGUGACCACGUGUACGAGGCCCUGCUGAACACCGACGUGGACUCGGACUCCCUGGAUCCGGACUCGGUUCUGGAGGAGAAGUGGAUCAAAGAGGUGGUGACUCGAUCGGGGAUGAAGUUCAAAUGGGCCAAUCUGAGCGACAGCAUCAAGAGGAUCAACAGGGAUGCCCACAGGAGACCUCCAGCGGACCCGUCCAGCCUGGUGCCGCGCCCCCCGGUGGUCACCAUCAUGGGCCACGUGGACCACGGUAAGACCACGCUGCUGGACAGUCUGAGGAAGAGUCAGAUCGUCUCCACCGAGGCCGGAGGCAUCACUCAGCACAUCGGAGCCUUUCUGGUCCAGCUGCCAACAGGCGAGAAGAUCACCUUCCUAGACACCCCGGGUCACGCCGCCUUCUCCUCCAUGAGAGCCCGGGGAGCCAGCGCCACUGACAUUGUCAUCCUGGUGGUGGCGGCCGACGACGGCGUCAUGAACCAGACGGUCGAGUCCAUCCAGCACGCAAAGAGAGCCAAAGUUCCGAUGAUCGUGGCGGUGAAUAAGUGCGACAAGCCUCAGUCCGACCCUGAGAGAGUGAAGCGGGAGCUGCUCGCUCAUGAUGUCGUCUGUGAGGAGUUCGGAGGAGACGUUCAGUCGAUCCACGUCUCUGCUCUGAAGGGAGACAACCUGCUGGCUCUGACCGAGGCCACGGUGACGCUGGCCGAGGUUCUGGAACUGAAGGCCGAACCCGGCGGCCUCGUGGAGGGACUCGUCAUCGAGAGUCGAACCGACAAGGGCAAAGGGUCUGUGACGACAGCCAUCGUCCAGCGCGGGACACUGAAGCGAGGCUGCUUCCUAGUGGCAGGAAACAGUUGGGCCAAAGUUCGUCUGCUGUUCGACGAGAACGGCCGCGCGGUGACGGAGGCGGGGCCGAGCUGCGCGGUGGAGGUGGUCGGCUGGAAGGAGCUGCCCUCGGCCGGAGAGGUCAUCCUGGAGGUCGAGUCUGAGCAGCGAGCUCGCGAGGUGACGGAGUGGAGGAGCGGUGAGGAGGAGCAGCAGAAGCUGCUGGAGGAGCAGAGCAUCAUCAUGGUCAAACAGGAAGUGCACCUGCAGGAGUACCAGAGGAAGAGGGCGGAGCUAUCUCACCUGAGCAGGAGGCAGAGGAAGUUGGCUCUGUACCAAGAGUACAAGACCAACCUCUCGGAGAAGGAGAGAAAGAAGGAUCAGGACGACCGGCUGGGACUGACGCUCAUCAUCAAAGGUGACAUGGACGGGUCAGUGGAGGCCAUCUUGAACCUGUUGGACGGUUACGACGCGCAGCAGCAGUGUGAGCUGGACAUUGUCCACUUCGGCAUCGGAGACGUUUCAGAGAACGACGUCAAGAUGGCGGAGACGUUCGCAGGUUCCAUUUACGGCUUCAACGUCGGCGCCGGCAGGUCGGUGCAGCAGCUGGCGGCAAAAAGCGGCGUCCCGCUGCGACUCCACACUGUCAUCUACAAACUGGUGGACGAGCUAAAGGACGAGCUGAGCAGCCGACUGCCGCCGCUCGUGUCCCAGAACGUGAUCGGUGAGGCCAGCGUCCUCGCCAUGUUCCAGGUCUCCGUGGGGAAGAAGAAGGUUGCUGUCGCCGGCUGUCGGGUUCAGAAAGGUCAACUGGACCGUCGACACAAGUUCAGACUGAUCCGAGGACGAGACACCGUCUGGGAGGGUUGUGCAUCGGCACUGCGGCACCACAAGGACGAUGUCCAGGCGGUGAAGACGGGGAUGGAGUGCGGCCUGUCGCCCGACGACGACUACGCGGAUUUCAGACCCGGUGAUGUCGUCGUCUGUUUCGAGGACCUGAACUGUCCGCAGGUCACUUCCUGGAACCCCGGCUUCUGACAACGCCGUCCCAUCAUCCUCUGCUGCUCAGGGACAGAACACGAUCGAUUUUUGAUCAGAUUACAAACAUGACAUCAGUGUGUGGGGGAGUUUGAUCAGUAGCCAAUGAGAGACAAGGUGAAGGUGUGUGUGUGUCACCCGUUGCCAGGUGAGAGAAAACACGACGACGUUUAGUUUUUAGACAUUUUAAUAAAAGUUCACAUGAGGAACAAAAACAACCUCAGAAAAAUAAAAACCUGAUAUUUAAUGUUCGUCAGGCGACGAACUCAGACACUUCCUGGUUCUCUGCAGAACUUCCCGUCUGAUCCAAACUAAAAACCAUCUGAUUGUCAUCUUGACCUUUGACCUCCUCACUUCCUCCGGGCCUUGCCAGGUCUGGCGAGCAGCGCGGGGUCGAUCUGAUCCAGGCUCAGUCCUUUAACGGAGAAGAGGCGGGCGGCGCGCUCCGUCAGCGACCCCCCGCACUUUAACCCCCGGGACAUCAGCUCCCCCUUCAGGACAUCCAGACCCAGACACGUCAGCUGAUCGAUGGACGACACCGACGACAGGUCCAAAGGCUGGAGGGAGCGGGGGCGGGGCUAAAACAUGAGUGAUACGUUCAGGUUUUAUUAAAAACUAUGAAUCAAA